UCAUACUAAAAAUAUGAGACUAGAAUAUAUUUGUCUCCCCUCCGCAACUGAACCACUCCGUCUGGCUCUGAAUUUCCACGGAUUAGCCUGGAACUACUACGACGAGUGCCAGAACUCUCACUAGUACCAAUAGUACUACUGACCAGAGGGUCCAUCCAUUCACUGAAGGGUGGCAUGCUGGACAAACUCACGGAGUUCAGUGAGGCAAAAGCAAGUGAACCGGAGACAUGCCACUCCUGACCGCAGGGCACUCGGACCCAGACCACUUCGUUAACACGACUAAGCAUGGCGUUCCACCAACCGCAAGUGAGGCCUAACACCGGCUGUUAAUCACUCACUACUACCUCACCUUCUUCUUGCCAUCAAAACGCCCUCUCCUCGUCCCCCUUCCCUCGGCCACCUUCUCUUUCCCUCCAACACCGUCGUCUUCCCUUGCGGAUUGGUUCCGGCCAUGAGUGACGAUUCGGGUGUCUUGUUUGUGGGCUCUCGCCCCCGAAAGAGAACUCAUCGCGAAAUAUCCGAAGUAUCUGAAGUUUCUUCAGGACGUCCAUCCGGAGAACCAUCCUCAUCAUCCCUUUCCGCAACACCGGGGCCUUCGUUGCCACCGCUUCGGCGGUACCCCGGGGACGGCCUCGACCUCCGCCGACCGGCCACAUCCCAGCCGUCUGAAGAUGUGAUAGACCUGACCGAUGAGCCCGAUACACCAUAUCAAAAUUCCUCUUUGCAAGAGUCCCGUACAACGACUGAAGCAUCCCGGCCGCGGCCUCCCCGAUUUCCCCGGGACAUCCUUACCGAAGUGGUUGAUUUAGAGGAAGAGGUCGACGAUAAUGACCAGCAACAACCCCCAAGCAGCCCCGAAGUCGAGUUCAUCGGAGCCACCGUGAGGCGGCCACAGUUGCCGCCGCCGCCACAACCACCACCUCCGCCUCCGCCGCGCAACAAUGAAGGUUUCUAUAUGCCCAGCUUGUGGCAGCAGAUGCUACAGUUCCGAUCCCCGAGACCACCUGGACGGUUUGGAGACCAUGGCCGGCCAGACUUAUCGUUUCGUGGGUUUCGGAGACAUCCUCCAAUGAGUGAUGUGGAGUCAUUAUGGAUCGGAGAUGGCCCGGCGGGCGCCAUAGAUCUAACAAUCAACCUGGAUGUGGAUGGCCCGUUAGGACUAGACUAUCAACUCACGGGCCUGACACGACAAAGGACGCCUGCAAACGCCUAUAAACCUCCAAGUCCGCCACCGGAGGGGUUUACCCGAAACGUCGCAGAGGACGAUGUGGUUGUUUGCCCGAAUUGUGAUAUGGAGCUGGGCACCGGUGACGAAACCAAACAGCAGAUAUGGGUGGUCAAGCAAUGCGGACAUGUGUAUUGUGGCGACUGUGCCUCCAACCGAUCGCUGUCGAAGGCGAAAAAGAACGCUUCGAAAGCCAAGCCUUUCUCUAAAUGCCAGGUAUUCGGUUGCGGAAAGCCCGUGAGCUCGCCCAAGUCAAUGUUUCAAAUAUAUCUAUAAUGAUGCUGCAUAUCAUCUCUGGCGUUUGCAUUGUUAUAGCAUG